AUGAAAUAUGAAUGCUCAUUUUUGCACAGGUACAUUAGUAAGAUUGAGAUGUAUCCGUACCAGCACGUUGGAUUCAAUCAGGGUCUCGGGUCAUCAUCUGGGCAGUGGAAUCUUCCCACGUCAAACUCGUGGAAUUCGUCCUCCAGCCCUGCCUUUCCCCGUUAUGCUAUGCACAGAGCUACGCCGAACUCGUCUGCGAUCAACGGCAUCAGGGUCUAUGUGACGGGAACUGGAGAUAACAAAGGUGUUCGAGCAGAUGGAGAGCUGAUCCUCGCUGCAAACUUCGAGGUCAAGAUAAAUGUCAGCGGCCAUGGUCAACUCACAGCAAGUGAAUUCGCAAAACUUGCAAAGAACAAUUAUCGUCGACCAAGGCAACAAGUGAAGCUGGCGAAUUCUAAUGAAACCUUGGAAGCAUUCGAGGCAAGGCAAGGCAUCAUCCCUCCAGGAUCUUUUCGGCGGUGGGAUGACGACGGCAGGAGUUCAGAAACCGACUUCGAAAGACGCCGUCGAUUGGUGAAGGCAUAUGAGAAGGAUCUAAGGCAGAAACAACGGGAAGAACAUCAGAAGAAAUCGCCAGAUGAAUUGGUCCCCAUAACAUCGUCUUCAAGCCUUCCUGCAGGCACCUGGAGCCUCAAGAGGAAUGCGAAUGCAAACGAUACUGAUGAAGAGCUCCAGAAGAAAGUCGACAGAGCCCAUAGAAAUUGGAUGAAGAAUUCUCCUCUCUUGUACGAUUUUGCCAUGGUGCAAGCUCUUGAAUGGCCCAGUUUAACUGUUCAGUGGCUUCCUGAGAAAUUGGAGAAAAGGAAAGACUUCUUGAUGGUUGCUAUUGUUAAUAUCCCACGAGACCUCAGUGAAAAGCAAGAAGUCAACGAAUAUGAGCCGGAAGGCCGAUUACACCCAUCUGAAAAUGCAUACCUGAGAUCCAACGUUGAGAUGGAAACUCGCUUGCUUCACAAAGGGGAGGUGAAUCGCGCCAGGUACAUGCCUCAGAACUCAAGGAUCAUUGCAACGAAAUCUGGAGGUAAUGGCGAGGUCUACUUGUUCGAUAUUGGAACCCAGAAAAAGUUCGACGACGUGAAUUUCUGCCACACUCUACUACUGCGAGGGCACACGAAGGAAGGUUACGGACUGGCUUGGAAUGACAGGAAGACAGGCUACGUCCUCAGUGGAUCUUACGACCAAAAAGUUUGCGUGUGGGACAUCAAUGGCACGCCCGAAGAAUCGAGGCAGGGGAUCAGGGGGUUGGAUCCGAUUUACACUUUCAGGAAACAUUCUGAUGUGGUGAGUGAUGUGGCAUGGCAUCCUUUCUGCGAGGAUACGUUUUCAACCGCCGGAGACGACAAAGUUGUCAUGAUGUGGGACAUGAGGGCUGGUUCAGACCCCACGAGCAUACACGAAGUAUCGCAGCACCCGGUGAACUCCAUCUCCUUCAAUCAUAUCAACCAUCAUCUGUUUGCGAUUGCCUCGGGAUCAGCGGACGCGGGAGUUGUCAAGGUGUGGGACAGAAGGAAGAUGGACGAUUCGCUCUACAUCAUCAACUCUCACACUGAUGUCGUCGACGUCGUCUCGUGGGCUCCCCACAGUCAAAACAUCCUGGCCUCAGGCAGCCGCGAUCGCAAUGUCCACAUUCUGGACACAUCGAACGCACCUAGCAAGAGAGAUUCCUUCGUUGAAGACCCCGAGGAGCUGAUGUUCGUCCAUGCCGGGCACACUUGUAAGAUAUCCGACAUCACUUGGAACCUUCACGACCCCUGGCUCAUCUCGACAGUGUCUGACCUGGAAGACAGCAUGCAUGUAUGGCAGAUGUCAGACGAGAUCUGGGCGGCGGAGAAGGAGGAGGUCCUCUCGGAGGCCUCAAGCUACGACAGCGAUGAGUUGGAGAGUACGUUCGGAAGCCCGCAGGCAAGUGUUCCUGCCGCCGUUGUCGCUCAUGGCGAAAGUUCUUCACAGCCGCAAGGGGAACCAUCAAGAGCACACGUCAAUGGCGAAGGAGAAGCAGCGAGGGCGGGAGUGAGCUCGAGUGGAUGGAAGCCAGACAAUCAGCAAGCAGAUGAAGAGAUGGGCGAAGGGGAGGUCAAGUCAGAGGGGCAGAAAGCUGACGAUGAGAAUCAAGAGGAGAAAACAGGUAGAGACGAUGGAGAUACGGCGAUGAGUGUGGAAGAGACAACUGGGGAGCAGCACGAAAAGGAUAAAGAGGAAGCCAAGAAGGAGGAGCAAGAGGCCCCAGCGGAGGGGGAAGACAAAGUUGAAAUGUCGGAAUAG